AUGAUCGUCACGUCUUAUGGGAUGGGAUAUGAAGAUUCUGUCGGACAGUUCGAUCAUCAGUACAACGAGCAAUACGGUGCGUCUCUCGAACCCCCAAACGACGGCAGCGAGCUCGUCAUUUGGUCAACAAACCCCAAUCAUCAAGGCCUCGUCGCCGUCAUACAAGAUCCUCAUAUGCAUUCCGAGACCGACGUCCCUCUCUCGACCCCUCUCCCGCUACCUGUGUCGACAGACCCCUCAAAGUACUUCUACACCUCCCCAUCCGCACCGCUCCCCGCUUCGUCAUGUUCCACCUUGUCUGGUUGGGCUUUCGAUUAUAAGUAUGACGAAACUUUGCACCAACAAGUUCAUCAGCCGCUAACACGACGGCGUCAGCACCAAUCCCGGCAUGGUACGAAGCCCCUGGUUGGGAGGCACAUCAACAUCAGUUCAACCAUUCUAAUCUCUACUUUAGCCCGGACAAUUGGGAUCGGAUAG